AUGUCGGUGGCGGCGAACAGAGCCCAACUAUAUUUUCAGAAUUUUGAUCGGCCAAAUAACGAAGAUGAGAUGGAGAGGAGUGGGAGAGAGGGGAAGCGGAGAACAGAGGACAUAGUGGAUAUUCUCAUGAACGACGACAUAGAGGAGAAGUUGGGUACUUUUGUCGACCCCUUGGCUCUCAGAGCUACCGAGAAAUCAUUUUACGAAGUUCUAGGUAAGAAGUAUCCUCCCUCACCUACCCACCUCACUCUUUGCAAUCCUGUUGAAAAAAUUUCUUGCAAUUAUAAUAGUUCCAACAAUUUUAUUUCUCAGUCCACUUCGCAAAUGCCCUUAAGUUCCAAGGGGAUUUUUUAUGAUGGAUUGAUGAAGCCUUCUGUAACUACGCAUCCUUUUUCUAAUCCUUCAAGUAGCAACAGGGAUGAGUCCAUUUUAAUGCAGUUUAGAAAAAGGGUAGAGAAAGCUCACAAAUAUCUCCCAAUUGUUGAUUUUGACAGCCAUGAUCUAGUGGUAGAGAAGAAUGAUAGAGGUGAUUCAGAUGGAGAAGAAGAAGAAGAAGAAGGAACGGUUUGUGGCGAAGUGGAAGAGUUAUCGAACAUGCUUCACCAGGUUUUUCUCUUUGCUGACGCAAAAAAAGAGCAUUCAAAGUGCACUGCUAAAGAAGAUUCCAAGAAUAACCGAGCUAGUGGAUUGAUUGGUGGGAAAGAUCGAGUAAAAAAAAGAAGAAAUGAAGUAGUGGAUUUAAGGGAUCUGCUUAUUAGUUGUGCAGAAGCCCUAGCUGCUACUGACAUUACGACUACAAAUAAACUUUUAAAGGAGAUUAGGCAACAUUCUUCUUAUAUUGGUGAUGCAUCUCAGAGGAUGGCACAUUACUUUGCCAAUGCUCUUGAGGCACGCUUGGCAGGUACUGGGGCUCAAAUUUGUGCUGACAUGUUUUCCCUCAAACCACCAUCUAUUGACACAUUGAAAUUCUAUCGAUCUUUUUCCCCUGCCUGUCCAUUUGAAAGGAUCAGCUUAAAUUUUGCAAAUCAGCGCGUUUUGGAUGUGACUGAGAAAGGAACAAAACUUCAUAUUAUAGAUUUUGGUAUCACAUUUGGAUUCCAAUGGACCAUGAUUGUGCAAGAUCUCUUAGCUAGAGUUGGUGGUACUCCUAAUAUUUGCAUUACAGGCAUAGAGCCUCCUCAACAUGCAAAAAAGUGGGACAAUAUUCAAUUUGAUGAUAUUAAGAUCAACAAAGAUGAGGUCAUUGCUGUGAAUUGUCUAUCCCAAUUUGAGAAUCGUCUUCCCGAUGACACAGUUGCAUUGAAUAGUUCACGAAAUAUUGUACUAGACCUAAUUCAAAAAAUAAAUCCUAAAAUAUUUCUCCAUGCUGUUAGGAAUGGAUCUUUCAAUGUCCCAUUUUUUGUUAGACGGGUCCAAAAGACGAUAUACCACGAUUCUGCAUGGUUUGAUAUGAUGGAUAAAAUAUUUCCCCGUGAAAAUUCAACUAGGUUGAUGUUUGAGCAAGGGAUAAUUGGGCAAGAGGUUGUGAAAAUCGUAGCAUGUGAGGGUUCUGAGAGGAUUGUGAGGCCUGAAACAUAUAAGCAUUGGCAAGCUCGUAAUACAAAUGCUGGAUUUAAGCAGCUUCCAUUAAGCAGGGAACUUAUGAAGAGAUUAAGAACGAAGGUGAUGUCUAUGUACGACAAAGAUUUUAUGAUUGAGGAAGAUGGUCACUGGAUGCUCUUGGGAUGGAAAGGCAAAAUAUUGCAAGCUUUCUCUUGUUGGGUUCCAAAUGAGUAUUAA